CCCUCCUCGUUCUUAUACCAAAGAUAUUCCACCUGUUGUUCUGGAAACCGCGGAGAUGAGAAAUAGCUUUUUCACUGACCGGUUGUCUCCUAACUUUCUGUUUGUUUUGGAUGAUAAUACUAGUAUUCAGCAGAUUUGAGUAAGAGAAAAGUGCAUAAAAAUAACUGAAGGGAAAAAUGAAAGUUUAGGAAAAAGUGUUGCCAUUCUUUAUAAAUUUAUUUUGCUUAAUAUUGAUUUUUUUUUCUAAUAUGGCCAAUGGUGAAUUGUCGUUUGCUAAUCAACAAGAGGAACUAAAAUAUUACAAAAAUCUUGCUGGGAAUUAUAAACAAAAGCUAAUGGAAGCACAAAGGGAGUUAGAAGAGUACCAAGAAGGGAGCCGCGAUCUGGAGACAGAACUGGAAAUUCAGCUGGAGCAAGUGGAGAAAAGAAACAAAGAAUUGACCUCAGAAAAUACCCACCUAAAAGCAGAAAGUGAGAUACUCCAGACCAAGCUGAAUCAGUGCCAAACAGAAUGCAGUAACAUGAGGGAUGAGCUUCAAAAGAUGCAAAUGGCCAGAGAAGAGAUGCAAGUAUACGUGAGAAAAUUGGAACAAAAAAAUGACGACUUCGAAAGAGCCACCAGAGCGUCUCUAAUGUCCUUAGAAGAUUUUGAAACAAGAUUGAAUCAAGCUAUAGAAAGAAAUGCUUUCCUAGAAAAUGAAUUAGAUGAAAAGGAGAAUAUGGCUGUUCUGAUUCAAAGAUUAAAAGAUGAAGCUAGAGAUUUAAAACACGAGCUUACAGUGAGCGAGACUAUAAAAACCGAAGCGCCUCCACUGCCGAAAAAGACGCUCGAAUCCAUCAUCGAAUCAAAUAAACUCAUCAGUGAAGCUGAAAACCGAUCUCGCCUUAGAAGAAACAGCGCACAUUUUAUGUCCACCACUGGUUCCAUUGUGCCACAUUCUGCCAUGAACAUUCUAGGAGAUCUCCUUAAAAAAGUUGGAGUUUUGGAGUCCAAGUUACAAUCAUGUCGUGAUUGCCUAAAAGAUAGUUCUGAUCCAAUAACUGAAAAAAGGGUGAAUCUAACUUCGUCCAACCGAGUUCGACACAUGAACGGAUCUAUAGGAAACACCAAGGAGUAUAUACCUCUCACGGCCUGAAAGGACUUUAGGAACAUACCCAAAAUCACGCCAUAUUUAAAAAAUGACGCCAUUUUCGUCUAUUUUGGCAAGAAAUUUGGAUCAUUCCAAAGAAGGUUAUAGGAGAUUGCCAGUGUCUGAAAAUGCCUCAUAUAUUAUACUUUAGCAUUCCACUCAUCCGAUUUCAAAUAGCUUCCAUAGCCAAACAAUGUGGGGAGAUACACUGUUUUCCUUUUGGGGUUUCUUCUUUGUUUGUUUUUUUGCAGUAUUUAUGAUUCAAGUGUUAUGCAUUGUUUGGUAAAGAAACAUUAUUUUUAAAUAAAACAAAAUU